CCGUAGCUAAAAGUCAUUGCGAUGACUUUAUUUGGCAUGAGCAGAAAAUAGAAAGUGGGCAUUUAUUUAUUAAUUUAAUUAAAAAAAUAUCCAAAAGGCAAGUUGUCGUCGUCUUCCCAAAAUGAGCUUUGUCGUCGUCUUCAUCUUGUAGUCAACCAACGAUCAAAUCCAGACUCUCUCGAUCGUCUUUCACAGUUUUGACUUGGAGAAAGAGAUCGGAGAUGGAGGCUUCCGUUCUUUCGAAGCCGCCGCAUAGGUACAAGCACGACGUCUUCCUCAGUUUCCGAUCCGAAGAAAAUGACUUCUCAGAGCGUCUCUACAACGCGCUGAGAAAAGAGGUCCGUGUCUUCCGAAACGAAGGUAUGGAGCAAGGAGGAGGGACUGAUGAUGAGGACAACAAACGCCUCUUCAAAGCCAUGGAGGACUCAGCUGCCUCCGUCGUCGUCUUCACCCAACACUACGCAGACUCUCGAUCGUGCCUAGAUGAGCUAGCUACCCUCUGCGAUCUCGGAACGUCUCUGGAUCGUCCCAUUUUGCCGGUCUUUUUCAAGGUCGAUCCCUCUCAUGUACGCAAACAGAACGAUCAUUUCAAGAAAGAUUUUGAUGAACACAAGAAAAUAUUUAGCAAGGAAGAGGUACAGAGAUGGAGAAAAGCUAUGGAAUUAGUUGGAAAUCUAGCUGGAUAUGUUUACAAACUCAGAGAAGGGACGGUUGAUCAGGUUAAAGAUGAGGAUGACACGAUAAAGCUUGUGGUGAAGAAGGUUUUAGCUCAAGUGAGCAACACACCUGAGAAAGUUGGAGAAUACACCGUGGGGUUGGAAUCACGUGUGGAGGAUUUGAUGAAACUUGUGAACGUUAAAUCCACUGGUGACGUUCAAGUCCUGGGACUUCACGGUAUGGGUGGUAUUGGGAAGACUACACUUGCGAAACGCUUCUAUAAUAAGAACCUGGAGAACUUUGAGGACCACCGAGUUUUCAUCUCUAACGUUAGACAAGAAUCAUCAGACGGCUUGCUCAAUCUACAGAAGACUUUCAUCAAGUCGCUAUUCGGUUCGGUACCUGAAAUAGAAGAUGUUAACAGUGGCCGGGACAAGAUAAGAGGGAGAGUUCGUGAGAAGAAGAUUCUUGCGGUUUUAGAUGAUGUUGAUAAUGUAGACCAGGUUGAUGCGCUGGUUGGCGAAAGAAGUUGGUAUGGUAAAGGAAGUGUUAUCAUCAUUACAACCAGAGAUGAAGAGAUUCUGAAUAAGCUCUCUGUGAGCCAAAAGUAUGAGGUUAACUGCUUGACUGAGGUGCAGGCCUUGAAGCUGUUUAGUUUCCAUUCACUACGGAAAGAAAAACCAACGGAGAAGCUGUUGGAGUUGUCAAAGAAGAUUGUCAAGAUAACGGGGAAGUUGCCACUUGCUGUUGAAGUGUUUGGUUCCCAUAUGUACGACAAGAAGGAAGAUGAGUGGCUAACUGAACUAGAGAAGCUGGAAAAUACCCAACCAGGCGAUCUCCAAAGUGUUCUGGCGCUGAGUUUCGAAUCCUUGGGAGAUGAAGAGAAGACAGUCUUCCUUGACAUUGCCUGUCUCUUCCUUAAAAUGGAGAUAACGAAAGAAGAAGUCAUGGACGUACUGAAAGGUUGUGGGCUUAACGCUGAGGCUGCUCUCACUGUCCUCAGACAGAAGUCUCUUGUUAAGUUAUUGUCAGACAAAGACAAUACUCUUUGGAUGCAUGAUCAGAUCAGAGACAUGGGAAUGCAGAUGGUCCUUAAUGAAAGCCGUGAGGAUCCUGAAAUGAGAAGUAGACUCUGGGAUCGUGGUGAAAUCAUGAAUGUAUUAAACUAUGUGAAGGGAACAACAUCCAUCCGAGGAAUUGUAUUAGACUUCAAAAAGAAGUUUGUGAGGCAUUCAACUGCAGUCGAAAUAGGGUCGAGCAAUUUACAAAACAAUCAAGGCAUCAGCUCUGCGGUUAGCUACGUGAAGAGUAUGUUUGUAAAGUUUCCAGAAGAGGAGAAGCCUAAAACUUCUGAAUUCACCAUCCCCAUAGAGCCUUUUGCACCAAUGAAGAAGCUGAGACUUCUUCAGAUCAAUCAUGUGGAGCUUGAAGGAGAUCUUAAGCUUCUCCCAUCUGAACUCAAGUGGAUACAAUGGAGAGAUUGCCCAUUGAAAGACGUUCCAUCUGUUUUUCUUUCUGGACAACUUGCUGUUCUUGAUCUUUCAGAGAGUGGAAUAAGAAGAGUCCAGACUUUAUGGUUCAAGAAGGAGAAUGAGAACUUGAAGGUUGUAAAUAUGCGCGGCUGCCACAGCUUAGAAGCCAUUCCUGAUUUGUCAAACCAUAAGGCCUUAGAGAAGCUUGUUUUUGAGAGAUGCAAGCUUCUGGUGAAGGUUCCUAGUUCAGUUGGCAAUCUGAGUAAAUUGCUUCACCUGGACUUCAGUUACUGUUCAAAUCUUACUGAGAUUCUUGCGGAUGUUUCUAGACUGAAGCAUCUUGAAAAACUCUUCCUCUCUGGCUGUUCAAAUCUGAGUGUGUUGCCAGAAAACAUCGGUGCCAUGACAUGCUUGAAAGAGCUUCUUCUUGAUGGAACUGCGAUAAAGAACUUACCAGAAUCUAUUGGUGGUCUUGAAAAUCUUGAAAAGCUUAGUCUAUUCGGCUGCAGAUCUAUUCAAGAUCUACCUGUAGGCUUGGAUGCAUUGACAUCACUGGAGGAGCUAGAUCUUAGUGAUACUGCACUGAAAACCCUUCCAAGCUCUAUUGGAGGACUAAUAAAUCUCAAGAAGCUGCAUCUGAUGCACUGCACAUCCCUUACUAAGAUUCCUGACACUAUCAACAAGCUAAUAUCAUUGAAGGAGUUUUUCAUCAAUGGAAGUGGAGUGGAGGAGCUGCCUCUAAACCUUGGACCACUACAAUCUUUGACUGAAUUUUCAGCUGGAGGAUGCAAAUCACUGAAGCAGGUUCCGAGUUCCAUUGGUAUGUUAAAUAAUCUCUUCCAACUUGAGUUGGAUCACACUCCAAUAGUAACUCUACCAGAAGAGACCGGUGACCUGCGCUUUAUUCAGAAACUUGAACUGAGGAACUGCAAGUCCCUCAAGUUUCUGCCUAAAUCAAUAGGAGGUAUGGACACACUCCAAAGCUUAUACCUUACAGGCUCUGACAUUGAAGAACUGCCUGAAGAAUUCGGAAAACUCGAAAAACUAGUACUACUCCAAAUGAACAAGUGUAAGAAGCUCAAGAGGCUUCCCAACUCAUUUGGAGACUUGAAGUCUCUUUAUCAUCUGUACAUGGAGGAAACUUCGGUGGUGGAGUUGCCAGAAAGUUUUGGAAACCUCUCUAAACUAAUGACAUUGAAAAUGAUGAAGAAGCCUCUCUUUAGAAGUGAUACUCAAGGUAGUACAAGCGAGGAGCCUGGUUUUGUAAUACCAGACUCUUUCUCAAAUCUCGAGUCCCUAGAGGAAGUGGAUGCUCGCAGUUGGGGAGUCACUGGUAAAAUCCCUGAUGUUUUUGAGAAGCUUACAUCUGUGAAGAUACUCAACCUUGGGAAUAAUCAUUUCCACAGUCUUCCUUCUAGCCUCAAGAAGUUAACAAAUCUCAAAGAGCUUAUAUUGUAUGACUGCCAAGAGCUCACCUGUCUUCCUCCUCUUCCAUGUAACUUGGAGAAGCUUAACUUAGCAGACUGCUUGUUAUUGAAGAGUGUAUCCAACCUUUCGGAGCUGACGAUGUUGCAAGAACUCAACCUCACAAACUGUAAGAACGUGAAUGAUAUUCCGGGACUAGAGCAGUUGAAGGCUCUAAAACGGUUAUACAUGAGCGGCUGUAACUCCGAUUGCUCCGCUUAUGUAAAGGAAAGACUCUCCGACUCCAAGGCUUCUUUGAAAAUGCUGAGGAACUUGAGCGUGCCUGGAGACAAAAUCCCACACUGGUUCUUGCAAGGACCAGUCAGGUAUAUAGCUCAGCCGAACCGAGAGCUGAAAGGCGUAAUCAUUGCUGUUGUUGUGUCUGUUAGCCAACAAAGCAAAGAUGACUUCCAUGUCCCUGAUGUGUUGGGGAUUCAAGCCCAAAUUCUCGAACUUGAUAAAGUCUUGGUCAACCACACGUUGAACCUCACUGGAGUGCCGAGGACAAGUGAUGAUCAGCUUCACAUCUGCCGGUACUCGCAGCACUACCCAAUGGUUUCGAUGUUGAAAGAAGGGUACACCAUACAGGUGAUCAAACAGAAGGUGUGGAUCAAACAAGACGCUGAGCUGAAGAUGCAUGGGAUCCAUCUGGUUUACGAGGGGGAUGAUGAUUUGGGAGCCGAAGAAAGUGAGUGUGUGACGGAUCAGACAAUGCAAACCGUUUCUCAGAGACUUGCCAACUUUUUCGGGCCUUGCAAAGACGGUGAAGCCAGCUCACAAGGUGGUUCUACUGUUACAUGACCGAGAAGUUGAGAAACUGCACUCAAACGGGUGGUAAUACAAAAAAAAA